ACGAGCCGGAGUCUCAUUGCCACUGCUUGAAAAGGUUGUCAUUCUUUUGGAAUCCUCUCUGGUUUGGGAUCUUACCCACUUGCCUUUUGCUGAACAAGAGUUAAUGCUGAUAAAGGUUGCUGUGAAUGCUGUUGCAAGAAGAGAUGUACUUGACAUUGUCAACAUUUUUAGGGGCAAGGCUGUUGAUGUGUCUGAUCACACAAUCACUCUUGAGCUUACUGGAGAUCUGGACAAGAUGGUAGCUAUACAAAGACUGCUCGAGCCCUACGGAAUUUGCGAG